AUGGCACAAUGCUUUUCUGAUCAACCCCCCCUCGCAGAAGGCCUCAGUCAAUCCAUGUCAUCGCCUGUUUUCUUGAAAUUCACAAAUAACCAUGUAGACAUGAAGGCGCCGCCACCCUGGCUGAGCGCUGUAUAUCGUUCAACGACUUCGCCGACACAAGGGCAGCGUGAUGAUGCCGAAAGAGGCGCCGAGAAGGCGGGACGCAGUCUGACCUUGUUGGAAGCCGAACUACAAGCUGCCGAGAGCUACAUCGUCCAUGUCCGGGAGGCACGACGGAAGGUUCAAGAACAUCUAUCACAGCAUAAAACUAUUCUCGCCCCGAUAAGGCGUAUCCCCUCUGAAAUACUGGCCGAAAUAUUCGUGGCCACAAUCGACGACACCACAUUGUGUGACCCCUUGGACUACGACGAGAUGCCGUGGUUACUUGGGAGGGUAUGCCACAGCUGGAGGAUGGUAACAGAAUCUACCCCGAAGCUGUGGAGCCGUAUUCGCGUGGAGCUCAAGUUCGUAUCCCCCCUUGCCACCCGCUCGCGUCGCUUGAUUGAUACGUUCAUACAACGGGCGGCACAACAUCCAUUAAAGUUGGAGAUCGAUUUCAGCUACCACGACACGCACCCGAUCAUCAACCUCCUUACGGCUUGUUCUCCGCAGUGGGAAGAUGUCAGCAUGACGCUCAUGAACGUUUCGACAUGGACGGCCUUGUCCCCCAUCCGCGACCGUAUACCUAUGCUACGACGUCUUUCUUUGAAGCUUGGAUAUAUCUGGUGUCUACCCUCCUCUCCCUCCCUCUCUCCUUCUCCUGACCAUUUUUCUGUGGCGCCUAAUCUUCGAUAUCUUGAUAUAGACCCAUUCUUUCCCUUACGGAUCCCUUGGAACCAACUAGCACGGUUAAUCACCCACAGUCCGUACCCUUGCAAUACUUGGUGCAUCUUCGCGCUCGCUGGCAACGUCGUGGAGGGUGACAUCUCAAUAUCUAUGAACCAACAACAUCUCCUCCCCCCAGCAGUCGAGGCUCGCUUACCAUUUAUGCGGACGCUGACUCUGCGGACUAGUUGUGAUGUUAUUCAAUAUCUCACCAUGCCGCUCAUCCGAGAGAUUUGGCUAGUCGACAUCUCCCUACCGAAUCACAGUGGCAUAUCCAUUCCUUCAUAUUCGACGCUUCGGACAUUGGUAUUCAUACGAGUCACAAUGGAAAAGGGGGUGUACCACAGGCUACUACAGUCGGCAGUUUCCGUCGUUCAGUUGGUGACCGACGCGAACAGCACCAUUCUAGAUGCCCUCGAUGAACAGCCUGGGAGGUUCAUAUCCUUGCCGCAUCUCAAGCACCUCGUUUUGCAUGGCCCACUGACCCGAUCAUCUCACUCUUCCUUACUGCGUCUCCUCCAUUCCCGACUGAAAUUAAGGCCUCAACCGCUUCAGAUCGAAUCCUUGUCAUUCAUCACCACCGGCCAGCCUACGUGCGAGCUUCAAGCUUCUUUCUCGGAGUACGCGGCGAAAGGAAUGAAGAUUUACUGUGAUGGUGUGUGGCCUGGUAUAUGA